AAUGGAUUAGUAAAAUUUUGGUAAGAAUUCAGUGAGGUUUGGGAGUUUUUCCCACCAAAGAUGUCGCUUCAGCUUCUUCCUCCGUCCGACAGCAGCGCCUCUUGCUGAAACAUUGAGAGUUACGCUUCCCGGUUCCGGAGAUUUGGCUUUAUAUUUGAGCAUUCUGAUCAUUCCCAGAGAGUUUUUUAAGGAUGAAAGCCACCACGAGCACAGAACAAGCCCCAGUGACACAGGAAGUGUCCGAUGAAUCAGCUGAGGAGAUUGAAAUUGAUGAUUCCUCAAGUCUGGCCAGUACUUCGACUACGGACACCACGUCUAACAGUGAGACACCCACUGCGGCUAGCAAGAGAAGGAGGGGCAGGAAGGCGGCAAAGGCCAAAGCAGCCAAAACUCCGAAGCAGCUGUACAAAUUCUCGAGCAGCGUUAAGGAAGACCAUGGGCAACCACUGUUCGGGACCCAAUUCAAUUUGAAUCUCAAGAAAGGGCAGCCGAAUAUCUUCGCUUCUGUGGGCAGCAAUCGCGUCUCAAUCUACGAAUGCCUGGAAACCGGAGGAAUCAAGCUGCUGCAGUGCUACGCUGAUCCGGAUGGCGAUGAAAUCUUCUACACAUGCGCCUGGUCCUACGAACCAGAGACGGGAAAGCCAAUCCUGGCCGCUGGAGGAUUGCGUGGAGUUAUCAGAAUCUUCAAUCCGGCCGUCCUGACGUGCAGUAAGCACUACAUUGGGCAUGGACAUGCCAUCAAUGAGCUCAAAUUCCAUCCCAGGGAUCCCUAUAUCCUCCUGUCGGCCAGCAAGGAUCACUCCCUGCGGCUCUGGAAUGUCCAGACGGACGUCUGCAUUGCCAUCUUUGGCGGCGUGGAGGGACACCGGGAUGAAGUACUGAGUGCAGACUUUGACAUAAGUGGCGAUCGCUUCCUCUCAUGCGGCAUGGAUCAUUCCCUGAAGCUCUGGAGCGUCAGUAAGCCCGAAAUGGUGGAUGCCAUCCAGAGCAGUUACACCUUCAACACUCACAAAUCCAUUCGGCCCUUCGAUACCCUCAAGGAGCACUUCCCGGACUUCUCCACGCGUGACAUCCACCGGAACUACGUGGACUGUGUCCGGUGGAUGGGAGACUUUGUCCUGUCCAAGUCCUGCGAGAAUUGCAUCGUGUGCUGGAAACCCGGACGCCUGGAGGACAAGAAGCUCAAGAAUGACUCUUCCGUGUCCAUCAUCCAUCAUUUUGAGUACAAGGAGUGCGAGAUCUGGUUCAUUCGCUUCGCCCUGGACUUCUGGCAGAAGGUCAUUGCGCUGGGAAAUCAAUGCGGAAAGACAUUUGUGUGGGAACUGGAUGUGCAGGAUCCUGGCAUGGCCAGAAGCACAAUUCUCUCCCAUCCAAAGUGCACAACAGCCAUUCGGCAGACGGCUUUCAGUCGGAACGGGGACAUCCUGAUCUGUGUAUGCGACGAUGGGACCAUCUGGAGAUGGGAUAAACUGCCCAAAUAAAUAUUUUUUUGCCCUUCCUGAAA